UGGAUAAUAGUAGUCUUAAGGUCAGCAUGUAAGCUGCAAAGCAUGCAGUAGUGACUAUUGACUAUAGUCUAUACCGAGUUUAAUCUAAAGUAGCGAGCUCUUUUAUCUAUGUGCACUGAGCUAGCUCAGGUAGAUCUAGAUCUAUAUAUUCUAUAGCUAGCUAGCUAGCUAGCUGGCCGGCCAUGAGCAAGAGAAGGAUAAGUGUGAAGCCUAAGUCUCAAUCUAUCUCCUACUUUGAAGUAUCUCCUUCAAAACGUCGUGCUGUGCAUAAAAAGUCUCUCUCCAUGUCUCUUUGUCUGCUGUGCCAGAAUCCUCUUCUGUUAAUUCUUCCAGCAGUACUAGGUUCCUCUCCAGUGAUAAAAAUGAAGCUGAAGAAGUAGAUGUACAUGGAGCGAGCAGGCCUACUGAUGUUAUCAGUGGCGACUCUCCAGAUGUAUUAAUCAGUAGUGAGUGGUAUGAUCAUGAUCCAGAGAGCUCGGGGCAGGAUGACACCACUUUUCCAGACACGGUGAGCUCAAGUGCUUAUGAGAAGCGACAGCAGAAGGCUGCUGACAACUGGGCUGAAGUGCGUGUCCAGUUGCUACGUGCCAGUGUAGAAACCGGAAUUCCUUCCCCUUGUUCUGUGUGUGCCGAGUGUGAAGAACCUGCUGUUGCAAUUUGCCGGGAUUGUGGACCACAGGCAUACUACUGUGCCAACCAUGUGGACUCAGUACACUCUCUGACAAAUAUUUUUCAUCGACCUUUUCUCUGGAAAAAUGGAAUGCUUCACCCAUACUAUUUCAAGCAGUCGAGAAUCUUUCCAGCACUUCAUUGUUGCUGUACAACUUACAUAAAAGAAGUUGUUUGUCUUGAUCCUAAAGGUUUCCAGCAUUGUGUGUGCGUAACCUUCUGCAAGUGUGAGCCUGAGGCUGUUACUCUUGUGCGGCAUAAUAUGUGGCCAGCGACACCAGCAACUCCCACCCUAGCAUUUCAUCAGGAUCUGCUACUAUGGAUGGAGUCACUUUUGCUGGAAGGGUGUAUUGGUGUCGAUGCUUUUUGUCGUUCUCUUGAACACAAAAUUGGAAGAGAUAUCAGCAAACAACUCCGGAAGAUCUAUCCUGUCAUGAUUGAUGCAUUUGAAGAAUAUAGAUAUCAACUCGACUGUCUUCUAUUUUUGUCUCCUGACUUGAACACUACAGCUAUCUGCCCUGCCUGUCCUCAGAGCAAUGGAACUCAAAUUAUAUCCAUGGAUGGUGUAUUUGGACUAUGUCGGAAAAAGUCUGCUGGUGUUAGUGUUCGACCACCACUCUUCUCUGGUGUAUUUUUUGAGGAACAGCAAGCAGUAGAUGAGUUUGUUGCUGAUUAUGAUACAUUUGGCCAGAUAAUCGACAAGGGGUGUCAUGAGUUCCUCGCUGGAGACACUUUGCGCUCCAAAUCAAGGUACGCAGCUCUAGAUGAAACUGCCGUGUUUGGAAGCAUCUGUCGUCAUGAGUUUCCCCAGAGAUUUCUGAAUAUGAAGCAUGGAGAAAGACUAGCAUAUCCUGUGUACCUGCUAAAGAAGGCACACCAAAACAAGGGUGACAAGUGUCUGUUGUUACUGUAUGAUAUUGCCUGCUUACUCGAAACUCAUCUGAAGAAUCGUGGACAUCUUGACAUGUUAGAAAAGACAACAUUAGGAGUGCCAAUUUUUCAUGUCUAUGGGCAUUGUGCAUUCUGUCAGCUGACAUAUUCACCUAGAGUCCUAAUUGGAUGCGGAAUUACUGAUGGUGAAGCUAUGGAGAGACUGUGGUCAUAUCUAAGAAGAUUUGCUAAAUCCACCAAAGAAAUGCGACCAUCUCAUCGCAUUGAUGUCCUUACCUCAGCUCUAUUACAUUAUGCAUCAAGAGUACGUCUUAAUCUAGGUACACUGACGGAGUCAUCAGCUGAACAAUUGCAGAAACAACAACACGGGCUGUUCGCAAGGAGUCAAACUGAUCUGAGUUUCGGGCAACGUCACAAAACCUUUCAGAACAUCCUUCACAUUGCUCGCGAGCGUAGGUUUUUAAUAUCUACCAAAGCGAGAUACGCUGAUGGUCAAUCGAUUGCUGCACGCCUUGCAAAGAAGAUAUCAUCAAGUACGAGUACGCUGAAACGAACAGUGAGCAGAUUUAAUGGUAUGCGGCAUGAUCAAUUUGAAGGAGUAGCAUACCAUCUGCCAGCCAAUUUGAAUUGGGAUACAGUUUCCAAUUUGGAAGAAUUGUCUACGUUGGAGGUCGCGUCGGCUGGAAAUUGUACCAUUCCCAUCCAUUUGUGGAUAAAAGUUGUGAGAGCGUGUAAUAUGAAGGAAAGGGCAACGGAAGAAGUGAAGAUGAUAAUGGAAGAAAUUAAUACUGUUGCCAACAACCUGAAAUACGAGCAUUCCGUAAUAAGUCGUCAUAUACAGGAUAUCGCCACAUCUGAUAGUCUGUCUCUGUUUCAGAAAGGUUGCCUUAACCUUUUGCACCGAAGAUUAUUACUUUGCGAAUCUUAUUUAAUUACGUUUUCCAGAACAGUUAACCAGUAUCAUACUGUAGAGCUACCUGAUACGAGCUUAUUAGGUCCAGAUGGUUCAUUUUUUUACAAUUGUCAAAUUCAUGAACAUGAUUACCCUUCCGUUACUGAUAUUAUUUGUACAGACAGUAGUAGUGAUGAUGAUUCUGACGUGGACAAUUGAACACUUAUCUUUUUUUAUGUACUUUAAUUAAUAAUUUAUUAAUCACACUUUAAUUAAUUAGCUAUAGGCAGUCAUUAUUUAAACAUCAAUGCCUUUUAUAAAUUGAAG